CGGAGGGCGGAGGAAGAAUCAGUGGCAGCGGUGCCGCUUCACCUCCGACUACAAACAGGAAACUAGCCCGCCUUGUGGAGCGCCCACCUGAGCCAGGGGCCAAGCGAUGUGACGCUAGUUUUUUUUUUUAAUCAUACUCGAUGUGCCUUAAACUACUCGCGUCGUUUCAUUUGGGGAAUUUGUUGAAGCAGAAAGCCGUUAACCUCCCAAGAUGCAACAUCACAGCCACUCGCUAGAGAACCCCAACGACCCAUCGAGACACAAGAAAUAAGGAACUCUGGGUCAUCGUAGGUCCUUAUGGUUGAGGUGGUGUGUGGUGCCCUUUGCCAUGCCUCCAGCCAUGACAGACCUCCUGGACAUGUGGGCAGACCACUCGCCCUUGGCUGGCCAGGCUCCGGCCCAUGUUACGGUGGAUUUUCUGCUUCCCACCGGUAUCUACAUUCAAAUGGACGUCCCUCGCGAAGCCACCAUUCAGCACAUCAAAUUGCUCUUAUGGAAGCAGGCUCAGAUGUUCCCAUUGUUUCCUGCCUUGGGCGAAAUGGAGAGUCAUAUGUUCGAAUGCGUCAACCAGACAGCCGUGCACGAAGAAUUAGAAGAUGAAACGCGACGACUCUGUGACGUUCGCCCUUUCUUACCGGUUCUGAAGUUGGUAACACGUAACUGCGGCCGAGCGGAACGCCUGCUGGAUUCAAAAAUUGGAGUGCUUAUUGGCAAGGGUCUUCAUGAACUGGAUGGCAUAAAUGACCAGGAAGUAAAGGACUUUCGCAGUAAAAUGUCCCGCCUCAGUGAAGAGAGGCUGCAUCGGCACCAGAUGAUGACGUGGAGCGAGUGGUUGCACGUCUGUUUCUCCCCACAACUUGAGCCAAGGACCACCAACGACGGGCUGAGUGAGCGCUCAAACGACUUGAAAGUCAUCAUCCACUUUGACCAAUCUCAGGAUUCUGCCAGUCUGAAGGUGCCUGCAUCCUGCACUCCUGCAGAGCUGAUGGAGUUAGCUGUGAGGAAGUGGCUGACCACCCACGGCCCCGAGGAGGAGGCAUGGAAAGGACAGUAUGUACUGAGAGUCAGCCAUUGCAUGGAGUUCCUCUCUGGAGAGCAUCCUCUUUGGCAAUAUAAGUACAUACGUACGUGCAUGCAGUCCAAGGAGUCCCCGCAUCUCACCCUGGUCCACUCCAGCACAGUCAAGGCCAUGUUUGAAAAGGAAAUUUCCACCAUCGGAGCUGUGGUCAGCCGCAAGUCCUCAAACCCCCCUUUACCACUACCUCCCAAAAGACGGGUUCCUACACAAGCACAGACUUGUGUGUGGAACGUAUCAAGCCCAUUUAAGAUAGUUUUACUGAAAGGCAGCAAAGUGAAUGCAGAGGAGACUGCUAAGGUGCAGGUCAGGGCCGGGCUUUUUCACGGAACGGAGCUGCUGUGCAAACCGGCAGUCAGCAGUGAGAGCAACGGCCGUUCGGAGCACACCUGGAAAGACAACAUGUUAGAAUUCGACAUCUCCGUGUGUGACCUGCCGAGGAUGACACGCCUCUGUUUCGCCAUCUACGCUGUCAUGGAUAAAGUUAAGAAGCAGAAGUCCACCAAAAACGCUCAUCCAAACAAGUACCAGACCAUUCGCAAAGCAGGGAAAGUGCACUACCCAAUUGCUUGGGUAAACACCAUGGUGUUUGAUUACAAAGGACAACUAAAGACCGGGGAUAUCAUUCUUGACUGCUGGUCCUCAUUUCCUGAUGAACUUGAAGAGAUGCUGAACCCCAUCGGAACUAUUCAAACCAACCCGUACACUGAGAACGCCACAGCUCUGCACAUCAAUUUCCUGGAGUACUCAUCACACCCCAUCAUUUUCCCUCCCUUUGACAAGAUCCUGGAAAAAGCUGCAGAGAUUGCCCGAGCAAGUGACUGUUCACCUAUGGGUCGUGGAGGUAAGAAGUUCUAUAUUGAACUGAAAGAGAUCAUGGAGCGGGAUCCUCUCUCUCAGUUGUGUGAGAAUGAGAAGGACUUGAUCUGGACACUACGCUACGACUGUCGAGAAAAUUUCCCUCAGUCACUGCCCAAGCUGCUACUCUCCGUCAAGUGGAGCAAACACGAAGACAUGGCCCAGCUGCAGGCACUACUUCAAAUUUGGCCCAAAUUGAGUCCGAGAGAUGCACUGGAGCUUCUGGAUUUUAACUAUCCUGACCAAUAUGUCAGAGAGUAUGCUGUACGCUGCCUGUAUGAUAUGAGCAACGAGGAGCUGUCGCAGUACUUGCUACAGUUGGUGCAGGUGUUGCGUUAUGAGCCCUACUACGACUGCGCCCUUACCCACUUCCUGCUGGAGCGAGCCCAGGGGAACCGCAAGAUAGGGCACUUCCUCUUCUGGCACUUACGGUCAGAAAUCCACAUGCCGGCUGUUUCAGUUCAGUUUUCCCUCAUCCUAGAAGCCUACUGUCGGGGCAGCAUCCCUCAUAUUGAGGUUCUAAAGAAACAGGUGGAAGCCCUAAGCAAGCUAAAGUCAGUCAAUGAGCUCAUCAAGCUCGGAACAAUGAAGAACGCUCGGGGGAAGACCAAGGAGGCCAUGUUGACCAAGGAGGCCAUGAUGACUUGCCUGAGGCAGAGUGGCUACUCCGAGACACUCUCUGACCUGCACUCCCCUCUGAACCCCAGCAUCCUGCUGUCAGGCAUGAAUGUGGAGAAGUGUCGCUACAUGGACUCAAAGAUGAAGCCGCUCUGGAUUGUUUACAACAACAAACUGCUGACUGGGGACACCCUGGGAAUCAUCUUCAAGAAUGGGGACGACCUAAGACAAGACAUGUUGACCCUGCAGAUUCUGAGGCUAAUGGAUAUGCUGUGGAAGGAGGCUAAUCUAGAUCUCAGGAUUGUACCCUAUGGUUGCUUAGCGACGGGGGAUCGAGCAGGGUUGAUUGAGGUUGUGUCAUCGUCUGAUACCAUUGCAAACAUUCAGCUGACCAGCAGCAACGUGGCAGCCACCGCUGCUUUCAACAAGGAUGCCUUGCUCAACUGGCUCAAGGAACGUAACUCCGGCGACGCUCUUGAUCGGGCCAUCGAGGAAUUCACUUUGUCAUGUGCGGGCUACUGUGUAGCCACGUACGUCCUGGGCAUUGGAGACCGCCACAGCGACAACAUCAUGGUCCGCAGCACUGGACAGCUUUUCCACAUCGACUUUGGCCACAUCCUGGGAAACUUCAAGUCAAAGUUCGGCAUCAAGAGGGAGCGUGUUCCGUUUAUCCUCACGCACGACUUCAUCCACGUCAUCCAACAGGGCAAGACCGGUUACACGGAAAAGUUUGGCAGUUUCCGUCAGUACUGCGAGGAGGCCUACCUUAUCCUGAGGAAGAACGGGAACCUCUUCAUCACGCUGUUUGCCCUCAUGCUAACCGCUGGCCUGCCUGAGCUCACAUCGGUCAAAGAUAUCCAGUACCUGAAGGAUUCCCUGGCCCUGGGUAAAACGGACGACGAGGCCCUCAAGCAAUUCCGCCAGAAAUUUGACGAGGCUCUAAGAGAGAGCUGGACAACCAAAGUCAACUGGAUGGCUCACAAUGUGGCAAAAGACAACCGCUCCUAGAGCACCGCAGUUACGGGAUUAUAUUGAAGCAAAGGAAGGGUCACCCGUUUCAAUAACUGUCUGUGGUGCCCAUGGAGAUUAAACCUGACCUACUCCUGGACUCCUUCGCUGUCGGACGCCUCCUGAGAAUUCAUAUCAUGACAUUCAAAGUCGCCGCACCUUUUUUUCUGCAGUUCGUGUAGCACCUGUAGCACAUGGACUAGAAACUUGAGCAGAACUGAAUGGGAACACGCAUCCCCAGAUUUGAAAGAACUGCAGAGAAAACCAAUAGUCUCCAAGAAAGUACCAUCAUUCAGGAUCCACAGUAAGUGCAGCUCCACAGUGGGGCUCAUGGUGAUCCUGGGGGGGGGGGCUGUGCAGCAGAUUGCAUGUAUGUUGUGUAUGAUGUCUUUAUUCCAGAAUCUUCACACAUGCCAGACUACUUAAAAGGUGUGCGAGUGAACAAUAAUGAAAGGUAAGAACUAAAAUGAGGAAAGAUGGAGCCUUUUGUUUUCGUAUUUGAAUGCUUGACUGAAAUCAGCCUGAUCUAUUAAAAACUGGAGGAUUUUACAAACAAAUGAGAGAAAAGUAAAUGUAAUGAAAUAUACCAUCAUCACAAAACUUUUUUGUUAUUGAGUCUUAAAAGGUACAAUGGCCAAUAGGGGGCUAGCAUGCAGCGACGUCCUAACACAGGAAUGAUGCAACCAAUGCAACCAAAAACAAAAUACAUUUGCUGUAAAUGCCAACACACACACACACGCACACCAAAAGCAAAUGCAUGAGAAAAAUGGUGUAGAUUCCUGGACCGGGCCACCAGGGGCGCCAUCCCAUCCUGGCUGGCUUCCAUUUUUUUUUUUCCUUGAACUUGCAGCAUUUGUCUCAAUUAGUAGUUUUUGGGGUUUAUGUGUGUUGGUAUUUGUUUUAUGCUGUGUAGUUUUGGUUUUCUAUCAAUUCUGGGUUUGGAGUAUUGUGACGUUGCUGCACCCUGUCGGCCACCGUUACAAAAGGAAAGUGAAAGUGAAAUGUCUUAAUAUACCAGGACCAAAAAGCAAACAUUAUUGAUUAGUCCAUGAAUGUGCAAAUAUUAGUUUAAUAAGAGCGGUUGUCGGUUGCGUGGGCAUGAUAAACAUUUCACUGCAAAGCCAAUUAUUUUUUGACAUACGGUGCCUCCGUGCUUGUAUUUUGUGCAAUAUCCAUCACUGAGUAUACUGUAUGAACUAUAUGUACAUGUAUAAAGUUCCAGACUCAGGCCUUAGCCUAUCAUGGUUGUCUCUGUUGUUGUUGUUGUACGGUGUUGCGGAUGUAGUUUGCCAAACAAGUCAGCUAAAGUCUUAGACACUGGAAAUGUACAAGCUUUUAUUAUGUUGUUUUGUUUUUUGUUUCAUAGAAGUUUUAUUAAAGUUAUUUUCAACUGUG